CUCACAAAGGGAAAAAGAAAAAAAAAAAAAAAAGAAACUGAAGCUGAUUCCGAGUUCUGAUUCACAUUCACCACACAAAUCGCUUAUGAAAAUUUCAAAAUUCAAAGACGGCGUAUCAUCUGGUUCGCCCUCGCCGAGAGAUGUUCCUGAACAAACCCGCCUCCAAAUUCCUUCAGAAAAGCCGCCAAAAGCCACUUCUUUCCCUCUUAUGCCACUUCGAUAAUCCUCCUUUUAUCUACUCUCAGAAGUCCGGCUAUGUCGAUGUCUACAUGAAAUGGAAGAAGGAUUCGUAUUACGAUUCGAUUGAGCACAUACUCAACUCCAUUGAACUCAAAUCCAUUAUUUCUCUCAAGAAUUGUAUAGCCCAAGACCCAAAUGGGUGCGUCCCAAUUUCUGCCGUUUCAAAGCGAGGACUCGAAAUGGGUGUGCCGAUGAAGGUCGCGAGCUUUCUAAGGCUCUACCCAUCAAUUUUUGAAGAGUUUACAGGUCCCAAGUACAACCAUCCUUGGUUCAGGUUGACCCCAAAAGCCGUUGACAUUGAUGCGGAAGAAAAUAGGGUUUACGAGAAUUGCAGGGAGGAUUUGAUGUGUAGGUUAAAGAAGUUCAUAACGAUGAGUAAGGGGCACGUCUUGCCUUUGAAGAUAAUUCAAGGUAUGCAAUGGUAUUUAGGGCUUCCUGAUGAUUUUUUGCAGCAAUUUGAUGUUAAUCUUGGUGGGUUUUUCAAGUUGGUGAAGAUGGAAGAUGGGUUGGAGGGAUUAGCUGUGGAGAGUGAUGAAGAUGUUGUUGUUAUGUCUGUGAUGCAGAAAAACGCCAUCAAAAGAGGGGUGCCAAUGGAGGCACUUGAAUUCCCACUCUUCCCAUCGAAGGGUUUAAGACUGAGGAGGAAGAUUGAGGAUUGGUUAAAGGAGUUUCAGAAGCUUCCUUAUGUGUCUCCUUAUGAAGAUUCUUCCCAUUUGGAUCCAAAUAGUGAUAUAGCAGAGAAACGAGUGGUGGGGCUUCUCCAUGAGUUGCUCUGUCUUUUUGUUGAGCAUUCAGCAGAGAGGAAGAAGCUUCUAUGCCUUAAAAAGUAUAUGGGUUUGCCUCAGAAGGUUCAUAAGGCAUUUGAGCGACAUCCUCACAUGUUUUACCUGUCUCUAAAGAACAAAACUUGUACUGCUAUUCUUAAGGAGCCUUACUGCGAUAAAUCUUCUAUUGAGAGGCACCCAUUGUUGAGGAUCAGGCGGAAGUACGUCAAUCUGAUGAAGGAAUCUGAAGUGAUUUUGAAGAAUAGGAGGUUUGAUAAUCGUCUUGUUCAUCCGAAAAAUUUGGCGUUGGACUUAGAUUUGGAUUCUGCAGAUGAAUAUGGAAGAGAAAUUCCCAAGUGUUAAUGCUUGAGUGUUUAUGGGGAUUCCUUCUCUUUAAUGAUUCACUUCCUUGACUAGUUUUGAUUGAGCUGUAGUGCUGUAGGAGAAUCAGAGGCUAGUUAAUUUACAAUGUUACAGAAGCAGAGCCGACUGUGAUCGAGUUAUUGUUAAACCGAGUACAACAGCCAAAGAUAAAGAUGGCCGAGCAGUUUACAAAUCAUUGGUUGCUUGAAACUUCAUUGAGCUGAAAGAUGACUCCCCUACAUUUCCAUUCUCUUAUCUGCAACAAGAAGAAAAAGAAAAGGAAUUCUUUCUGAUGACUUGUUGACAAC